AUUAGGUGUCAUUUUUUAUUCUUUUCUUUCGUAGUUACUAGCUGUAUAGCUGUGUUACCUAGCGUUACUUUGACGUUUAUUGCGCGUCGUUUUUGUUUUGAUUGAUUCACGGCCAUCGUUUUUUAGGUGUUUUAUUUAAUUGCUCUGUAGUGUAGAGUAAAUUUGUAUUUGUUCAAUCGAUAUCUAUUAUGAAUUCCAAUCAACCAAAUAAAGGAUCUUCUGGUGUUCCAGGAACAAAAAAACAGCAAAAAGGUUUUAAUGAUCUGGCUGCUAUUCCACAAUCAGCUCCAACUAAAGAAAAUCAACAAUUCGAACAACAAAUUUCAAUACUCAAAAGUAAAUUACUUGUUCCUAAAAGAAGAAAUCCUAAAACUGGAGGUACUAUAGGACGUGCAACUGAGAUUGAUGUGAAUCAUCUUCCUCUUAAACUUGACAAAUUGUUCAAAAAAACUGUCUGCCACAUAGAUGUACAAUUCAAACCAGAACUACCAAAAAAACUUCUUAGAAAUGCUUUGGAAGAAUUUAUUAUCAAACAUUACCCAAAACUUAAUUUUGCAUUUGAUGGACGGAGGAAUAUGUUUACUACUACAGAAAUAAAAGGGAGAAGUGAUUUAAUUACGGUUUUAAAUGAAGAAAGUGAUGGAACCGUGGAAUUUACUAUUUCGACCUCAGUUGUUAAUAGGAUUCCAAUGAUUAAAAUUCAGGAUUAUUUAAAAUCUGGAUCAUCCUAUCAACCCCCAGGAGAAGCAUUUCAAGCACUGGAUAUCAUACUAAAAAAUCGACCAUUUUCGUUAAGAUUCAUUAAUGUUGGAAGAUCAUUUUAUCCACUACCGCGUAAUAUACCAGUUGACUUAGGUGAUGGACUGGAAUUAUGGAAAGGAUUUUUUCAAAGUCCUUCUAUGGGCUGGAAACCUUAUCUUAAUGUAGAUGUGGCAAACAAAGGAUUUCCUAAACACCAACCAUUAAUAACUUACAUUACAAAUGAAAUGCAUUGUAAUCUAAAUUCAGAAAUGAAUCCUAAGGAUAUCAGCACAUUAUUAGAUUAUGUUAAAGGAAUAAGUGUUGAGUUUAUGGUUCCAAUGCAACCUAAUACAAAACGUGUCCAUAAUGUAAUCGGUCUUCUUGAUAGUGCCUCUAAACAUACUUUUGAAAUCAAAGAUUCUGUCAAAGGCAACCAAACAAUAAACGUAAUACAAUAUUACAAGAUUGUACGAAACUAUGAUAUUAAAUAUUCAAAUUUACCUUGUUUACAUGUUGGAAAAAUUAAUAAAAAAACUGCUAUUCCAAUUGAACUAUGCAUCGUUCAAAGGGGACAAGUUAAUUUGAAAAAAUUAACUGAAAAGCAAAAUAAUUCUAUGGCGAAGAAUACAGUUCGGCCUCCCGUAGAACGGCGACAAGCUAUUGAAAGCGCCUUCAGAAACAUUAGAUUUGAUGAAGAUCCUGUAUUAAAAGAGUUUGGUAUUAGUAUUAAAGAACAGUUUGCUUCAGUACCAGCUAGAGUUUUGGAUCAACCUUUCUUGGCAUAUGCUGAAAAUAGGGAAAUUAAACCAAAAGCAGGUAUUUGGAAAGUAGAUAAAUUUUCUAAAGCUGUAUUUAUUCAAAAAUGGGUUGUGUUGAAUCUAGACCAACGAAUUAGUAUUACACACAUCAAAAACUUUGAAGAGAAUUUGAUAAAGAGUGGUAAAGAUUUGAAUGUUGCUAUAAACCCAAUGGAUCCUGUGAUAAACAAUUUUUCAUCAAAGAAUUUUGAAGAAGAUGAAUUGAAGUCUACAAUUGAGAAAAUCUUUAAGAAACUAAAAGCUUGUAACACAGAGAUAGUUUUUGUUGUCAUUCCAGAUUUUCAAGUAGGAGUUUAUGCUAUUAUUAAGCAAAAAUCAGAAUUGGAAAUUGGUAUUCUUACUCAAUGCUUGAAAUCUAAGACUAUGUCUAAUAUGAAUUUAUCUUCGGCUUCCAAUCUUCUUCUAAAAAUAAAUUCAAAAUUGAAUGGAAUCAAUCACACUGUUGCUAAUAAAAGCAGUCCACCUUGCAUGGUUGGUGCAAUUAUUUUUGGAGGUGAUGUGACACAUCCAUCUACUGACACUACGACUUCUAAUCCAUCAGUUGCUGCUGUAGCAGCUAGUCAUGAUAUUAAUGGAAGUCAAUAUAAUAUGGAAUGGCGCUUACAACCUCCUAGAGUAGAAAUUAUUCAAGAUCUCGAAGACAUUGUUCAUAUACAGUUGCUUAAAUUCAAAGAAAGGACAAAAACCGUGCCAAGGAAAAUAUUUUAUUUUAGAGAUGGUGUUUGCGAAGGUCAAUUUAUGCAGUUGUUGGAACAUGAAUUGGUUGCUAUUCGUAGAGCUUGCCUUAGACUCCAUAUAAACUACAAACCUUCAGUGACAAUUUUGGUUGUUCAGAAACGUCAUCAUACAAGGAUGUUUCCCAAGUUCAACUGUGAUAUGGACGGAAAGAAUGGUAAUAUUAUUCCUGGCACAAUUGUGGACACUCAAAUUACACAUCCAACAGAACUUGAAUUUUAUUUAUGUAGCCACGCUAGUAUUCAAGGCACAUCCAGACCAACCAAGUAUCAUCUUAUAUGGGAUGAAAAUAAUUUGACCGAAGAUCAGUUGGAACAUCUGACAUUUUACCUUUGUUUCAUGUUUGUCCGUUGUACUCGUUCUGUUGCAUAUCCAGCGCCUACAUAUUAUGCCCAUUUAGCUGCAUUUAGAGCACGAAGUUAUAUUGAAAAUAAAAUCAUCGACGUCAAUCGUUUAGAUGAGGAGCAAUCCAAAAAUAAACUGAACCAUUCAUUUACAGUUAAUACACCGAUGUUUUUUAUUUAAAUAUUUUUAUUUUUUUUAAUCUUAAUUUUUUUUUGUAAUGAUAAAUUACUCUUUUCAAAUAUUUCUAUAUUAUUGCUUAUAAAUACAGUAUAACUUGCUUAAGGCGCUUUGCA